AUGCACAACGCAAGCAGCAGUCAUAGUACGUUUAGUGGUUGCAACACCGGCAGCGGAUUACAGGCCAAUGCUAGAGGAGCAAUAGUAGAAGCGACAAAUAACACAAUUAACGAUUUCAAUGAGAACGAAACUAUCGGCCCAGGCAACAGAACAUCGGCAGAAACAAUUUUGGCAACACCACCAUCGACACUAAUGCUAACUGUUCAACAGCAACAACAACAAGGCAUACAAAGAGUGAUGCAACAACAACAACACCAUCACUAUUCACAUCCUCAUUACAGCCAUCAUGUGCACGGUCACCACCACCAAUAUCAACAAUUGCAGCAUUUGCAUCAACAUCAGCAAUAUCUAACCGCUCAUGCGGCACAACAUCACCGACACCAACAAAUGCAGUCCCACAAACAGCCGCAGCAUCAAAUGCAAACAGUUUUGCAACAUCACCCACAUGCCCAUUCACAUUCGCUGCUGCAUGCACAUUCACAACAGCAGCAUGAACCGCACUGUUACCACUAG